UAGGAUGCCGAUGCGACCCUACAACCGGUUACUCGUGACAGUCGACCGCGGCGUUUGAGGUCCUACCAUCUCUUACCCUUCUCAACCCGCUUAAGUCCUACAACUUUCGUUAUUCCCCUACGACGACCUCCCCCCUCCACAUACUAUUGAACUAUUCUCUACCAUCGUACGCCGUAGCGUUGUCACCAUGAACUCCGCAGAGCUCCGGCAUCCACUAUUACCCGGCGAUGCCUCGAAACCGACAACAGCGGCCGGUAUUUCCGGACCGAUCCUAGAUUCGAGCAGCGCUCACCCUGCAGGCAAGGCUAAGUAUGGCCGCUUUAGGGCGUUCCUGCGUGCUAUCUCCGUCUUCGUCUAUUUCGCAAGUGGCUGCUUGACGUAUGGCCCCUCCUCGUAUAGCCUAGGUAGGAAGAGGGAUCUUUCUGACAUGUGUACAGCAUACACCUUACUCAGAUCAUCGGUUCCCCAUUAUACUACGCCAACCGCGACCUCUACUAUGCGUAUAUGUCCCUGACCAAGGCAUCUUUUGGCCUAUUGAUAACCACCAUGACCCAGUGGUGGGCGCCUACGUUGAUAAGAAUGAGCGGCGAUUCUUCUGUUGCCGGGCAGCUCAGCUU